AUGACAUCAAACGAGGUGGUACGAAGAAUUUCUCCUCACGAUCGCAGACAUCUCUACUCAGCAUUUUUCGGUCUCACGUCUCCGAAUAUCCCCGUUCGCACUAUGAUCAUGAAGAUCUAUCUCGCACUCGUCGCAUGCGGUUCAAUCGUCGCAGCGAUCCCAGCACCGCAGAACUACGGCAACGGACACGAAGCUAUGAGCUGGAGCUCUCCUUUGGUCGACGCGGGCGCGAGUUGCCAACCCGGAUACGACUACUGCUACGGACAGAUUAUUGGAGAUUUGAGGAUCGAUCCACAAAUCAUACUUCGUCAGUACUGUGACGUCCAGUUUGAGCACGACGCGCUCUCCUGCCAUGCAUGCAAGAAGUGGCCUUGGCCUCUCGACACCUGUGGCAGUGGACCGGGUGCUUGGAAAUCCGUCUUUACGUGCGUGUCCGGGGACAAGUACACGUUCAAGGAGCGAUGUGAUACAUGGCGAAGCAUCGAAGAGGACUUCGCAACCAAGGGAGGUGGCGCGAAAUGA